GUCACUGCUCUUCUCUGCUAGACUGAUAGACUCACCGACACAGAGAGAGAACUACACGGAAAUAGCGAAGAGUUGAAAGUAAAGGAAAUAUAUUCCGGCUGACUUGGACUGGAGACAUGACCAAAGAGACUGAGACUCUGGGACUGGUUUUUCAGAGCGAGAACUUCAACUAUAGCCAUUAUACAAACUACAUCAUGGACUCCUGGUCCUACCUGGAGGGCCCCGUCCCUGAGCUGAACCACUCCAAACCCAGACUCCACCCUGGAGACGACCUGGCAGCACUGACCAUGCUCUAUGAACAGUGCAAGAGCCAGAAAGACCAGAAGAAUGCUGCCUGCAGCCGUGGCAAUAACAUCAACAAAAUAACAGAGAGGACUCCAACCAGUACCAAUGAGCUGGUUUCCCUGGAGGCGUCCGCUAACGUUAUGAAGAUGCUCUCUGAGAGCAUUCCCACAAGCCAUCCCCAGGAAGUUUUGGGAUCCAAACAAACCACCUCCCUGCCCAUCUCUGUUCCCACCACCUCAGACACCUACACAACCUUGACCAGUGUGGUGGCUGACACUUACGACAAACAGGAGCUCAAUAUCAUCUUUGACUCCCUGCUGCAGAAGUGGCCAGAGCCCAGUGCUUUCCCCGACCCCAGCAAUGAGGCUCUUCCUUACAGCGAUCCCUUCCCUGAGGACCAACCCAGCCCCGUCUACUCUGGCUCCUACACUGCCUCCCCACCAGAGAGAUUCAGGAGUGAGUUCCAGUUUUCCCUGGGAGCUCCCCUGGCUUCCCCUUACAAAUCCAGCGAGCUGCCCAUGGUCUACCUGAACAAGGGACAGUUCUACCCCAUCACUCUCCACGGAGUGGACAGCAGUGCCUGCCUCACUGCCACCAAAGUCAAAACAGUAGUGAUGGCUGUGUUUGAGAAUGACAAGAGCCCAGAAAUGCAGCUCCGCUUUUGGAACCACUGGCAUGCACGGCAGCCAACUGUCAAGCAGAGGGUCAUAGAUAUUGCGGACUACAAAGAAGUGUUCAGCGGCAUUAGCAACGUAGAGGAGGUGGCUUUCAAUGCUCUCUCCUUUGUGUGGAACCCCAGUGAAGAAGCCAAGGUGUACAUUGGCAUCAACUCCCUGAGCACUGACUUCUCCUCUCAGAAGGGGGUGAAAGGCCUGCCUUUAAACCUACAGAUUGACACUUACGACUUCAGCUCAGGAACCAACCAGCUCAUACACAGAGCUGCUUGCCAGGUCAAGAUUUUCUGUGAUAAGGGUGCGGAGAGGAAGAUGCGCGACGAGGAGAGGAAGAAGAGCAAGAGGAGGGGAAAGAACACUAAUGAUGCUAACACCAACAAGUCUUUGGUGACCAGCUCCAUGGGCAGUGAGUCUACCUUCUUCCAGACUAUGGAUGACCACGUCACCCAGCCAGUUCUCUUUAUUCCAGAAACACACCUCUCCAGCUUACAGCGCAUGGCCGCUCCCAUGGACGAGAUCGAAAGGAGUACUCUGAAAAGGUUGUAUCCAGAGAGAGACCAGAACAGCUCUCCACCCAGCAAGCAAGCCCGAAGAGAAGACCCGCAGAGAGUUCUGUUGUACGUUCGGACAGGCGCAGAGGAGGUGUUUGAUGCGCUCAUGCUGAGCACGCCAACGCUGUCAGGCCUACGAGACGCUAUUUCAGAAAAGUACGGUGUGCCAAAAGACACCGUUGGGAAAAUCUACAAAAAAUGCAAGAGAGGGAUUUUCGUCAACAUGGACGAUAACAUCGUUGAACACUACACCAACCAGUCGGCCUUCCUCAUUGAGCUGUCAGAGGUGAUCUCCGGCCAGUUCCAGGUCACUCUCAUUGAAGUAUGAGAACAAGUCAGCUGCCUGCUUUACUGAAGGAUGGAAAAAAAAAAAAAAAA